GCCGACGACAGAAGCGUUCGCCUCGCGCCACUGGACGCGCGUUAGAUUAACGUACAGAAAACUGAUUUAUAACGUCCCGUUGAAAAAAUAAUAAGCUGCUAGGAGAUGUGAUGGAGGGCCAGGACUGGCGCGACGACUGGCACCAGCCGCGCCAGAUGGACGGCGUGGUAUCAGGACAAUUUCCGCGCGGCGGUUUCCACUUGCACUCGUUAGCGGAACGAGUGAGCCGUGACCAGGAUCAGCUCCCAGUGCUUCCCCCGCUGCACAAUGCUGUACGAGACAGUGCAGUGUGUUCGCGGAGCACAUACUCUCCGCUGCAAGCACUCAGUGAGAGCACCUGCCGCGACCACGGCGCGCAGUCUGCGCCUCCGCCGCCGCAACCACCGCCCAGGAUGCAGGUAUCCAACCAAAACGUAACGCUGCAUCCGGCAGUAGCUCGCUGCAGUGCGACCCUCGAGCUGGCCACAUUGUGGCGAAGCUUCCACGAGCUCGGCACUGAGAUGAUAGUCACCAAGGCCGGGCGCAGGAUGUUCCCUGCCCUGCAAGCGCGUUUGUCUGGUCUACUGCCCAACGCGGACUACUUGCUGUUGGUGGACUUCGUGCCUCUCGACGAUAAGAGAUACAGAUAUGCUUUUCACAGUUCGAGCUGGGUAGUAGCGGGCAAGGCGGACCCGGUGUCGCCGCCGCGCAUCCACGUCCACCCCGACUCGCCGGCCGCCGGCGCGCACUGGAUGCGGCAACUCGUCUCCUUCGACAAGCUCAAACUGACCAACAACCAGCUCGACGACAACGGCCAUAUAAUCCUUAACUCUAUGCAUCGCUACCAGCCAAGGUUGCACGUGGUGUACCUUCCCGGGGAGGGGCAGAGCACUGCCCCGGGCACCGUCCCGUACCGGACGUUCAUCUUCCCUGAGACCGGCUUCACUGCUGUUACAGCCUACCAGAACCACCGGAUAACACAAUUAAAAAUAGCGAGCAACCCCUUCGCGAAAGGCUUCAGAGACUGCGAUCCCGACGAUUGCCCCCCGGAACAAAGCUCACAACGCAGCACCCCGCGGCGCCGAGAUCCAGCACCAGUGGAGCCCUACCCGCUAGCGCAGCCCUACGCGGGAGACCCUAGCGCGAGCGGCCCUCUUUACGCCGCGCACGCGCAUACAGUUCGAUACCAACCACACACUGGUCACAAUAGUGCCUACACUGCAUACUACGCGCAUAGAUAAAAUUAAUACUUAGUAAAGAAACUAUAGAUUAAUGUGAUAUUGUAGUUUGUAAAGAUAACAAAAAUUAUUUAAUAUUUAUGCAGAGCCAUAGCAGACAGUGCUUUUAGCAUCAGCGAUUGGUAUUUUACGACUGCAUUGAUGCUGCAACUGCAGGUGGUACUUAAUAUUAUGUGUGGAGAGGAGCGUUCAUUCGCGGCAUCGAGCUUAUGAAAAGCAACUGAAUUGCUGAUCGCUGGUGCUAAAAGCAUCUUGUCUACUAUGGCCUUAAGGGCGCUUAUGCUCUAGUUUGAUCUGAACCUAGAAAAUAAGGGUGAGAAAAUUUGGAAUGAUUAAGGAUGUCAACAUUAUUCAAGUACUUAUUAUCAGUUCACUCUCUCAUUACGUACAUAUUAUUAUUUUAGCGUUUCAUUAUUCGUACCGUCUUGAUAUCGUUGGGGGUCUUUUGUUUGACGGCCUUCCUGGCGCUGUGGUCUU